CUUUUUGCGGUAAUUCGUUCCGCGGGGUAAAUGCCAAACGAAGGUUAUCGGGGCUGUUGAAGAAGUAAACACACGAUCUUCCUCAAGAUGGCGCCCAAAGUUUUAAAGAAAGGUCAGAAACAAAUCAAUGAGGAAAAUACUGCAACACUUGGAUUUUACAGAAAUAUUGUCUUUGCUGUCAGUGUCGUAUAUGUUGGAGUUACUGUAGUAUUUUUUGAAUUACAUUGGAAGAGUUACCUGGCAAUAUGCCUGUCUUCAUUGAUAUAUAUUGCAUGUUACAAAUUCAUGAGUCAUAUGGUUCAAGGAGGCAUGGAUUUGACCAUGGAGGGAGGCAUGGCUGAACAUGCUAAAGAUCUACUGUUGGUAACUGCCAUCAUCCAAACACUUAGUCUUAUAUCAAAUUAUUUCUGGUUGCUUUGGUUAGUGGUACCUGGCAGAGGGGUAUACAUGCUUUGGGUAAACAUACUCAGUCCUUGGUUUUUUGCUGAACCACCACCUGAGUUAGAUGAAAAGCAACAGAAGAAAAUGGAAAGAAAAAUGAAAAGGCAACAGUAUUCAUACAGAUAAAGAGAUGUUUUUAUUGGAAGGGGGAUGGGCAAGGACAUACCUGCAGUCAAUGCUUUGAUAGUUAAAACAUUUAUAAGCGCAACGCUGUGUUGUCUUUAAGUAAAACUAAAAACCUAGGAAGCUUUGAAGAUUUGAAGUUGCUUACAAACAGCAUACACCUACCGUAGAAAUAAACAUUCCCUUGAAAAGUUUUUAGUUUUUUUGUUUUUGCCCCAAUUAUUUUAAACAAAUAUAAGUCUUUUCUGUCUAUUCUCAAAGGCAUUGCUAAUUUUGUCUUUUUACAGAGAAAUUUUGUUUUGUAUUUUAGAUUCAUUUUGUCUCUAAACAAUGUUUCUUUAUAAUGAGUCAAUUUAGAAGUUUUUAUAUUAUUUCUAAAUUUUAGCUUUUAGACAUUUUUUUUUUCAUUUUGUGUUACGUGGAAUAAGGGAAAUUUUGUUGAAUGUAUAAUAAUAAUAUUGAGAGAAGUUUGGAUAAAUUUAUUUAUUUAGUAUAUUUGAAAUAUAAAAGAAUUCGUAAUA